AUGAAGCAAUUUAGGCCAUUGGAUGCAUCAAAACCAAUUAAUUGCGAUGCAAUUAAUGCAUUCUCAUCCUCUCCUAUUAAGGAAGAUGGACUUGAAACGCUGAAGCUGGCUCUUACCCUCAAUAUUUCUGUUACUGUUUCUGCCAUGGAUCUUCACACGAAUCUCAGAGAUAGCUCUUACACCUCAUCACAGCCAAUGCAUCUUCAAGAAACUUACUUGAGGCCUAAUAUGACGAAAUUAGAUGAAUCUCCUUUUGGGGUUCCUAAUUCAUCACAGGGUUUCUUGCAAGAUUUUAAUUACCACGUUGAUCAUCAGCACCAUCAUCAUAAUCAGUUUCACCUUAAUGAGUCUUCUUCAUCCAACCCAGCUUUUGGAGGGAUCCAUACUUUGAGUUUUGAUUCUUUUGAUAACUUUGAUGUUUAUGAGUGCAAGCCUAUUGUUGAGAUCAAUAAUAAUGGGCAUGCUCAGGUUUUGGAUGAUUUCCAAUAUGGAGCUAAUUGUAGCUUGAACGUCCCUCAGAGAAAUGAAGCCAACAUGAACCAAACCUAUGUGCCUUUCAAUAAUUCCCAGGAAAUCAUAAGGCCUGUGAAUUUUGUUGUGCCAGAUGAACUCUCAUGCAUAUCCCCUUCGGUGAAUUAUUACAGAAAAGUUGGCUUCAAUAAGAAAAGUAAUAGGGUAUCAUCAUCUCUAAGAAGGACUAGUCACAGACUUCGCAAGAAAUCCAACGCUGUAAAGGGCCAAUGGACCAUAGAAGAAGAUAGGUUGCUGAUUCAAUUGGUGGAACAAUAUGGAGUGAGAAAGUGGUCUCAUAUUGCUCAGAUGUUGCCAGGAAGAAUAGGCAAACAGUGCAGAGAGAGAUGGCAUAAUCAUCUAAGACCUGACAUAAAGAAGGAGACAUGGACAGAAGAAGAAGACAAGAUACUGAUAGAAGCUCAUGGAGAGAUAGGAAACAAAUGGGCAGAGAUAGCCAAGAGAUUGCCUGGAAGAACAGAAAACUCCAUAAAGAACCAUUGGAAUGCGACAAAGAGAAGGCAAUACUCCAAGAGAAAAUGUCGCUCAAAGCACCCAAGACCCUCUCUUCUACAAGAAUAUAUCAAAAGCUUGAACUUAGACCAAAACCCACCAUUAGACUAUCGCAAAAGAUCAUCGUCAUCAUUUUUAUCCGCUGCUGCUAAUACUAACACUGCCACAAUCAUAAACCAAUCUGAAGCAUCUCAGUCUCAGUUAAUAAUACGUGCUUCCCAUGAGGAUCCAAUAUUGGUGCCGAAUAAUUAUGGGUUUAAGGAGGCCCAAGAGUUUUGCUUUGACCAGAGCUUGCUUCGAGAAGGAGGUGAUGGUGAAGAAGAUGAUGAUUUGGGUGAUGACAAGUUUGAAGAAAAAAUGGCAGAAAUGGUAGAGUUUGAAGAGAAGAAGGAGCUGGAUUUGGUGGAGAUGAUGUCUCAGGUCAAUCAAGCUAUUAUUGAUAUGUAA